AUGGCUCCUCCAGCACCCUUCUCCGAACCUCUUCUCCCUCAGCUCGACCUCCCCACGAACCCGUACUACACCGAGAAGCAUCACCGUCUCCGUGCAUUUGUCCGCAACUACGUCGACACAGAACUCGCACCCUAUGCGCAAGAGUGGGAAAUAGCUGGCCAAGUGCCUGAGCACGUCCGUCUACGGCACUGCCAGCUAGGAUUUGCGAUUACGCACCCUGUCGUUGAUCCAGCUGAUGCGGGUGGUAUUCAGCAGCCUGCGGGAAUCCCCUGUGACGAAUGGGACACCUGGUGCAGUGUUAUCGUUGGCGAUGAGUUCGCUCGAUUGGGCUGGUGCGGUCCAAUAUGGGGUCUAGGAGGCGGUAACGGCAUUGGCUGCCCUCCUAUUGCACGGUACGGAACAAAACAACAAAGACAAAGAUGGCUACCGAAAGUUGCUACAGGGGAGAUCAGGUUUUGUCUUGGUAUCACCGAGCCGGACGGAGGAAGUGACGUGGCUAAUAUACGGACAACUGCGGAGAGGAGAGGUGCAAAUUAUAUCGUGAACGGUAGCAAGAAAUGGAUCACCAACGGAAUCUGGUGCGACUAUUGUACGGCUGCCGUGAGAACGGGUGGACCUGGCCGUGGGGGCAUCAGCCUAUUGGUUGUGCCGUUGAAGGCGAAGGGUGUCACAACACGAAGGCUGGAGAAUCAAGGAGUCCAUGCAAGCGGAUCAACAUUUAUCACUUUCGAGGACGUCGAAGUUCCAGUGGAGAAUCUCAUCGGGCGAGAAAAUCACGGAUUCCAACUCAUCAUGUCAAACUUCAAUCCAGAACGCUUGUCUCUCGCCACCGCGGCACUGCGUCUUGCCCGAGUUUGCGCUCAAGAUGCAUAUACCUAUGCCUGCGAUCGCGAAACAUUUGGCAAAAAACUCAUCGAACAUGCCCCCAUUAAGUCAAAGAUUGCUACGUUCGGGCUCCUGAUCGAGCCCGCCCAUGCCUUCCUAGAACAGCUCUGUUAUAUAAUCGAGACCGGACGUGUUACGGGUAGGGAGGUGAAUGUGGGAGGUAUGACCGCCUUGCUGAAGGUAAUGAGCACGAGGUGUCUGGAAAAAGUCUGCCGGGAGGCCCAACAGAUCAUGGGCGGAGCUGGUUAUGCCAAGACUGGACGAGGUGCUCGCAUCGAGCAGAUCAGCCGAGAUGUGCGUGUCCAUGUUGUUGGUGGUGGCAGUGAAGAGAUCAUGAUGGACCUGGCUGUUCGUCAAGAGGCAAGGGAUGUCGAAUUGAGGGCUGCUAGGCUUGCAGCAAGCUCGAAGUUGUAA